AUGAUGUUUGGAGUUUUGGCAAUUUCUGUGAUCGGAUGUGUUUCAUCAAUUUUCACACUGGUUCUUAAUUUGUUCAUGGUUCUAAAAGCAAAUGCGUGAGUUGGGACGAAAGACUUCAUGAUAAAAAUUUUCAAACUAUUCCUAUAGAACAAACUGGAUUAUCCAAAAACUUCUGAAACAUUAAGUUUAUUUUCAGAUGGCGAAAAAAAGAAAAACGAUCUGCAUCUAUUCUACUAUCGAUUUGUGAUUGAUAUUUUCCUUGCCUUAUUUGUUGCAAUUUACCUUGCUCUUAUCAUAAUUUACUGUAUAAAUCCUUCAAUUUUUAAUCAUCGAACAGAUUUGAUGUUUCUAACAUCUUUACCCGCUUCAAACAUCGGAGCAAUGCGAUCAAUCAUCACUUUAUCAAUCACAUUCGAACGUUGUAUAGCUGUUUAUGCCCCGGUUUUCUUUCAUAAUUAUUCAAAAAUGUUUCCAACUUCUUUGCUAGCAAUUCUUGCAAUUGUUUUCGGGUUAUUUGAAAACUUUAUGCUUUUCGGAAUUUGUGAAUUCGAUUUCAAAAUUCAAGAAAACUGUGUAGCUUUUGGUUGUGCUAUCAACACAUGUUUUCGAUUUUAUUGGACCUCACAUAAAACGGUUAGUGUUUGCUCGAAUAAAUUCUCAAAUAAUUGUACUUUGUUCUUUUCAGAUUAUCUUUGCCCUAACAGCCACAUUUUCCGCUUUCUUAUGCAUUAAAUUAUUUGUACUUGGUAAUGAAUUGAAAAACAACAUGUCGAAAGUAAGCAGAGUUCUUUGAUAUAUGAGAAAAAGAUUACAAAAAAGAGCAUUUUUAGGUUAAUCGACUCGCUUUAUUAGAUGCCGGAACAGUUACCAUAUUUGAUUUUCUUCCUUCUUUUAUAGCCAAUCAGUGGAGCACAACCGGAUUUUUUUCAUUUGAAAAUAUCGGACCGUAUGGAGCUGUUACUAAAAUGUUCGGUUGUGCAAUCGAAUCAUUUUUGGUUGUUCGAACUUUAUUGAAAAAUCAUCAGAAGUUAGGUGAAACAAGUCGAUCAUUUACGAGGAAGAAAAUGUUUCAAAUAAAUAAUUAA